UCUUCUCUUCUCAUUUCACUCUACGAACUGCCCCCUCAUUCUCUCUUUCUCUCUGCUUCUCUGGUUUUUUUUCUUUUCCGUUUUGCUCACUAACCAACUACCAACGGAAACCGAUUUUUCUUCUCUCUAAAGACACUCUUUGGGUCCUCCUUUCAAUCUAUUUCAGUUUCUGUCUUCUCCAUGAAAUCUUAGCAGGAGAGAAAAAAGAUGGGAAAGUAUAUGAGAAAAGCCAAGGCAAGAGGUGAGGUCGCGGUUAUGGAGGUUUCGCAACCAUGUCUAGGGGUUCGCACCCGGGCAAAGACCCUAGCUUUGGAGCGCCUUCAAAAAUCGAGGCCACGGCCGUCUCCUCCACAAUCGCCGCCGCAACAGCAGGCAAGCUCUAGCUCCUAUCUCCAGCUGCGGAGCCGGCGACUUCUGAAGCCACCGAUACUCGUCAGCAAUUCAAAGAAACACAAACAGAACUUGAAAGAAGGUGAUGUGGAAAACCCUAACCCUAAAGUGAAGGCCAGAGCGAGUUCGAGGUUGAGAGUAGGUUCGGUCAGGUGUGGGUCUGUUGGGUCGGUGUCGCUUGGGUGUUUGAGCGGCGAGGAUGGUGUUCAGUCGCCGGCGGUGGAUUUGUUGAAGUUGGGCAAAGAAGAACAGAUUUUAGAGGACAACAACGCGAACGACUUGGGUAUAGAGGCUUCAUUUGGAGAAAACUUUUUGGAUUUUGAAGCGAGAGAUAGGAGCACUAGGGAAACCACACCUUGCAGUUUGAUAAGAGAUCCAGAAACCAUAAGAACCCCUGGUUCUACUACUAAGCCUGCCAGCUCGUCUGGCAUUAACAGGAGGAUGGAUAACUCGAGGCAAGGACAUGUCCCAACGACACAAGAAAUGGACCAAUUUUUUCAAAGUGCAGAAGAAGAGCAGCAAAGAGCAUUUACUGAUAAGUAUAACUUUGACCCCGUGAAUGAUAAGCCGCUCUCUGGACGAUUUGAAUGGGUGAAAUUGAAUCGUUAGCAGAAGUUAGCGUUCCAUUAGAACCUUAUUUUUCCUGCAAAUCUGUGGUUACAUCAAGCGUAGUAUUUUGAAGAUAGUUGCAGGAAUUAGUUAUAAUUUUAACUGUAAUGGUGGUAAUUUUAUUUUCCAUCACAGUUUCUCUUUAAUUGUAAAGAAAGAGUUAGAGCUGUCUAAGAUGUGUAGACUAAAUGGUCUGUAACAUAAGAGCUUGUGAGUCACACAACAAAUACAAGUCAAAGACUUUUGUCUAACAGAUCAUGAGGGGAAGUGAAAGAUUAUGGGGUAGGAUUAGAGUGCAGUCAAUUAGGCUAAGUACUUAAGUGGGUACAGAAAUUUAUUAGAUUUUGUUUUUCUUAUGUACUGUAUUUUCCUUCUCCUUCUGUCUAUACAUGUACUAAUGGAACUUGUUAGGAAUAAACAUGAGCCGUUCUCCCCUCUCUCUA